AUGGCAGAAACAGAAGCCAAAGAUUGGCAAGAAAUGAGUGGUAUUAUGGGUUCUCAGGAACGAGGUACAAAUGUGGGUACUUCUUCCAAGAGCCAGGAUAGGAAAAGGCACAGAGGUGCUUCACUAUUUUCUCAGGAGCAGCAAACGACAGGUGUUACUCCUAUUGUUGGUGUUUCUUCAAGGUCCUCUAGGACGAGUGUGAUGUGUUAUCAAUGUAGACAGCCAAGACACAGCAAGGCAGAGUGUCCUCUUGAUAGACCUAGUUUCGGAGUUUGUUUUCUGUGUGGUCAGCCGGGCCACAUGAAGAGGGAUUGUCCACAGAGGAGAUGA